CUACAAAGAUACGUGCUAAAUAAUUAACCAGCAUAACUAUUAUUAUAUAAACCCUAAUAAGGUAGAGCUGCUCGAUCGAUCUAAGCGCAACUCAAAUAUCUCCCAAAAAGUUCGUGCACCCAAAAACAUGUUGAAACCACAGAUAACUCAACUGCCGCACCCCGCCAAAACCCACUUCCUAUUGCACAAGCCACUCGUCCAUGGCAAUGGCAAUGGCAAUGCUUCAUUUCCAAUCUCAAGGCAAUCAUUCCAGAAAAAGAAGAAAAAUGUUCGAGUCGGCUUCAUGCCCAGCCGCAACAUAAAAGAUGUGGCAAGCAGUACCGAGGAGGCCACUUCUGUUAAAGCCACUGUAACUGUGAAAGUUACUGUUGGUGGCUUUCUCUCAAACCUUGGGAUAGACCGAGGGCUCGAUGAUAUAAAAGACUUGAUUGGUAAAACACUCCACCUGGAGCUUGUUAGCGCCGAGCUUGAUCUUAGGACGGGAGUAGAGAAGGAGACAAUUAAAGGGUACGCACAAUGGGCGAGCAAAGAGGAGGAGGAAGUGAAAUACGAGUCAAGUUUUGAAGUUCCAGCAGAUUUCGGGGAGAUUGGGGCGGUUUUAGUGGAGAAUGAGCACCACAAGGAGAAGUUCCUUAAGGACAUUAUCCUCACUGGCUUCCCUAAUGGCCCCGUUCACAUAAACUGUAGUUCAUGGGUUCAUUCAAAGUUUGACAAUCCCCAUAAGAGGGUCUUCUUUACAAGCAAGUCAUACCUUCCACCCCACACACCAAGUGGGCUGAGGAGACUAAGAGAAGAAGAGCUUGUGAUUUUGCGGGGCAAUGGGCAAGGAGAACGCAAGAGCUUUGAGAGGGUCUACGACUAUGAUGUGUACAAUGAUCUUGGAGAUCUUGAUAGUAGUGCUGAUCUUAAACGACCCGUGCUCGGCGGCAAAGACCACUCCUAUCCUAGACGUUGCCGGACUGGACGCCCACGAACUGAAACAGAUCCAUUGUCGGAGAAAAGGAGCAGUGGAACCGCGUAUGUUCCCCGGGAUGAAAGCUUCUCGGAAGAAAAGAGGCUAACGUUCUCAGCGAAGACGAUAUCCUCAGUGUUGCCUGCACUAGUACCGUCCUUACAGACGGCAAUCUUUGACUCCGAGUUUGGAUUCCCCAACUUCACCGCCAUAGAUUCUCUUUUCAACGAGGGGGUUAACCUGCCUCCCAUUGAAAACCAAGAAAAAGGCUUCCUCUCCACCCUCCUGCCCAGGUUCUUCAAGGCUAUCGCUGAUUCUGGAGAAGAUGUGUUGCGGUUUGAGACCACAGACACAAUGGAUAGAGACAAAUUCUUUUGGUUUAGAGAUGAGGAAUUUGCUAGGCAAACUCUGGCCGGUGUCAACCCCUACAGCAUACAGUUGGUCACGGAAUGGCCAUUGAAGAGUAAACUCGACCCAAAGAUCUAUGGCCCGCCAGAAUCAGCAAUCUCUACAGAAAUGAUUGAACGAGAGAUCAAAGGCUUGGCGACUGUCGAGGAGGCCAUAAAUCAAAAGAAGUUGUUCAUACUAGAUUACCAUGAUCUAUUUUUGCCAUAUGUGAGCAAAGUAAGACAAACUAAAGGGACAACUCUGUAUGGAUCACGGACGCUGUUCUUCCUAACCCCAGACGGCACGCUAAGGCCGUUGGCCAUUGAGCUGACGCGCCCACCCAUGGAUGGAAAGCCACAGUGGAAACAAGUUUUCAUGCCCUGUUGGAAUGCUACAGGUGUUUGGCUUUGGAGGCUUGCAAAAGCUCAUGUCCUUGCCCACGACUCCGGGCAUCACCAACUUAUUAAUCACUGGCUAAGAACUCAUGCUGCUGUAGAACCUUAUGUAAUUGCGACAAAUAGGCAGCUCAGUGUAAUCCACCCAAUCUAUAGACUAUUGCGCCCUCAUUUCCGGUACACUAUGGACAUUAAUGCUCUCGCCCGACUUAUACUUAUUAACGGAGGGGGGAUCAUCGAGUCCUCUUUCUCACCUGGUGAGUACUCCAUGGAGCUUAGCUCCGUCGUCUAUGACCAGCAGUGGCAGUUCAACCUCCAGGCAUUACCAGCUGACUUAAUUAACAGGGGAAUGGCUGUUGAGGAUCCAACUGCUCCACAUGGCCUAAAGCUCACAAUUGAGGACUACCCCUUUGCCAAUGAUGGCCUCGUCCUUUGGGACACAAUAAAAGAGUGGGUGAGUGACUAUGUGAGCCACUAUUACCCGAACCAAAGGCUGAUAGAGUCGGAUCAGGAGCUACAAGCAUGGUGGACAGAAAUCCGAACAGUAGGCCACGGUGACAAAAAGGACGAGCCAUGGUGGCCGAUUCUAAAAACCCCAAAAGACCUGAUUGAAAUCAUCACAACGAUUGCAUGGGUGACAUCUGGACACCAUGCGGCCGUAAACUUUGGACAAUACUCAUACACAGGCUAUUUCCCUAACCGGCCUACCAUUGCCAGAACCAAUAUGCCCACUGAAGAGCCUUCCGAAGAAAGUUGGGACAAUUUCUUGAGAAAUCCCGAAGGCGUGCUCUUGGAAUGCUUCCCUUCACAAAUUCAAGCAACAAGAAUGAUGGCUGUUAUGGACAUCCUAUCAAAUCAUUCUCCAGACGAGGAGUAUUUGGGGGACACAGUAGAGUCAGCAUGGGUUGAAAACCCGUAUAUAAAGGGGGCCUUUGAACGGUUUAAGGGGAGGUUGAUGAAGCUUGAAGGGAUUAUUGAUGAGAGGAAUGCCAACAAGAAUUUGUUGAACAGAAGCGGAGCUGGGAUUGUGCCAUAUGAGCUUUUGAAGCCAUUCUCGCCACCUGGAGUGACUGGAAAGGGCGUUCCCUAUAGCAUCUCCAUUUGAACUACUUUUCAUGGGUAAUUGACACGUACGGCUGCACAUCCAAUUUGUCCAAAUCUUUGUAGUACUAGACGGGCCGGGCCUGGUAAGGCCCUUAAUAAUUGGAGCCUAGCCUACAGCCUGCCCAACAAUGAAUUUCAAGCAGCCAAGCUGAACGCGUCCCUAGCUAUAUGAAAAAUAGUCAGAAUGCAUUCUGCAAUCUGCACGAGCUUGCCUA